AACAAGUGCUUCUGUCCAGAGAAGGAGCCGAGAGGGGACCCGCCGGCUAUUUAAAGAACCAGCCUUCCCCAUGCCCGCUUGGCCCAUCUGAUUCUUUUUUCCAGCCUUGUUCCCACCUCUCUUCCAUCUCCUCCUCUUCUUCAUCCUUUCUUCUUUGUCACCCCUUCCCCUUCCCCUCCUGCCCCUCCAUCUCCUGUUCCAGCAAACAUGGGGAAAGGGGCAGGACGAGAGUCCACGGUUCCAGGGGCCACGCCCGAAAAUGGAGGAGGCAAGAAGAAGCAGAAGGAGAAAGAGCUGGACGAGCUCAAGAAGGAGGUCAACAUGGAUGACCAUACACUUUCUCUGGAUGAGAUCAGCAGGAAGUAUCAAGUGGAUCUGUCUCGGGGCUUGACAAACACUCGGGCGGCAGAGAUCCUGGCCCGCGACGGCCCCAACGCCUUGACCCCUCCGCCCACGACCCCCGAGUGGGUCAAGUUCUGCCGGCAGCUCUUUGGGGGCUUCUCCAUCCUGCUGUGGAUCGGGGCCAUCCUCUGCUUCUUGGCCUACAGCAUCCAAGCGGCCAUGGAGGACGAGCCGUCCAACGACAACCUGUACUUGGGGGUCGUCCUGGCUGCAGUCGUGAUCGUCACAGGCUGCUUUUCCUACUAUCAGGAGGCCAAGAGCUCCAAAAUUAUGGAUUCCUUCAAAAACAUGGUGCCACAGCAAGCCUUGGUGAUUCGGGAAGGCGAGAAGAUCCAAAUCAACGCUGAAGGUGUGGUGGUUGGAGAUCUAGUGGAGGUGAAAGGAGGAGACCGCGUUCCUGCCGAUUUAAGGAUUAUCUCCUCUCACGGCUGUAAGGUGGACAACUCCUCCUUGACCGGCGAGUCGGAACCACAGACCCGUUCGCCCGAGUUCACCCACGAAAACCCGCUGGAGACGCGCAACAUUUGCUUCUUCUCCACCAAUUGCGUGGAAGGUACAGCCCGAGGCAUCGUCAUCUCCACCGGUGACCGCACGGUGAUGGGGCGCAUCGCCUCCUUGGCAUCCGGCCUGGAGGUGGGUCGGACCCCCAUCGCCAUGGAGAUCGAGCACUUCAUCCGCAUCAUCACCGGGGUGGCCGUCUUCCUGGGCCUCUCCUUCUUCAUCCUCUCCCUCAUCCUGGGCUACACCUGGUUGGAGGCCGUCAUCUUUCUCAUCGGCAUCAUUGUGGCCAACGUCCCCGAAGGGCUCCUGGCCACCGUCACGGUCUGCCUGACCCUGACUGCCAAGCGCAUGGCGCGCAAGAACUGCCUGGUGAAGAACCUGGAGGCCGUGGAGACCUUGGGCUCCACCUCCACCAUCUGCUCAGACAAGACGGGGACCCUGACCCAGAACCGGAUGACCGUGGCCCACAUGUGGUUCGACAACCAGAUCCACGAGGCCGACACCACCGAGGACCAAUCUGGAGCCACCUUUGACAAGCGCUCUCCCACUUGGACUGCCUUGGCCCGCAUCGCAGGGCUGUGCAACAGAGCCGUCUUCAAAGGAGGGCAGGAGAACAUCCCCAUUUCCAAGAAAGACACUGCUGGGGACGCCUCCGAGUCGGCCCUCCUGAAAUGCAUUGAGCUGUCGUGCGGCUGUGUCAAGAAGAUGAGGGACAAGAGCCCCAAAGUCACCGAGAUCCCCUUCAACUCCACCAACAAAUACCAGCUCUCCAUCCACGAGCCAGAAGACAGACCCAACGGCCACGUCCUGGUCAUGAAAGGAGCACCAGAACGGAUCCUGGACCGCUGCUCCACCAUCCUGCUCCAAGGACAAGAGGCCCCCCUCGACGAGGAGAUGCGGGAUGCCUUCCAGAAUGCAUACCUUGAACUGGGAGGACUGGGAGAAAGAGUGCUGGGCUUCUGCCACUAUUACCUCCCCGAAGACCAGUUUCCACGGGGCUUUAAGUUUGACGUGGACGAGGUCAACUUCCCCAUCAACAACCUCUGCUUUGUGGGGCUCAUGUCCAUGAUUGACCCGCCGCGGGCCGCAGUGCCAGACGCCGUGGGGAAAUGCCGCAGCGCCGGGAUCAAGGUCAUCAUGGUGACCGGUGACCACCCGAUCACAGCCAAGGCCAUUGCAAAGGGGGUUGGCAUCAUUUCCGAAGGAAACGAGACUGUGGAGGACAUUGCGGACCGGCUCAACAUCCCUGUCAACCAAGUCAACCCCAGGGAAGCCAAGGCUUGUGUGGUCCAUGGCUCCGACCUCAAGGACAUGAAUGCUGAAAUCCUGGACGAGAUCCUCAAGAACCACACCGAGAUUGUCUUUGCACGCACUUCCCCGCAGCAGAAGCUCAUCAUUGUGGAAGGUUGCCAACGGCAGGGGGCCAUUGUGGCUGUGACCGGAGAUGGUGUAAACGACUCGCCUGCCCUCAAAAAGGCCGACAUUGGCAUUGCCAUGGGCAUCUCUGGCUCCGAUGUCUCCAAACAGGCUGCGGAUAUGAUCCUCCUGGAUGACAACUUUGCCUCCAUUGUGACCGGAGUGGAGGAAGGGCGCCUGAUCUUCGACAACCUCAAGAAGUCCAUUGCCUACACUCUCACCAGCAACAUUCCAGAGAUCACCCCUUUCCUCCUGUUCAUCAUCGCCAACAUCCCUCUGCCCUUGGGCACCGUCACCAUCUUGUGCAUCGACUUGGGCACAGACAUGGUGCCAGCCAUCUCCUUGGCUUAUGAAGCAGCUGAGAGUGACAUCAUGAAGAGGCAGCCGCGCAACCCGAAAACCGACAAGCUGGUCAAUGAACGUCUUAUCAGUACGGCCUACGGACAGAUUGGUAUGAUCCAGGCCCUCGGAGGCUUUUUCACGUACUUUGUGAUCCUGGCUGAGAACGGUUUCCUGCCCACCACUUUGCUGGGGAUCCGUUUGGACUGGGACGACCGCUCCAAAAAUGACCUGGAGGACAGCUAUGGCCAAGAGUGGACCUACGAACAGCGGAAAGUGGUGGAGUUCACCUGCCACACGGCCUUCUUUGCCAGCAUUGUGGUGGUCCAGUGGGCCGACCUUAUCAUCUGCAAGACCAGGAGGAACUCGGUCUUCCAGCAGGGCAUGAAGAACAAAAUCCUGAUCUUUGGCCUCCUGGAAGAAACAGCCUUGGCCGCCUUCCUGUCCUACUGCCCAGGGAUGGGUGUGGCGCUGCGCAUGUACCCAUUGAAGGUCACUUGGUGGUUCUGCGCAUUGCCCUACAGCCUGUUGAUCUUCAUCUACGACGAAGUGAGGAAACUCCUCCUCCGGCGCUAUCCUGGUGGCUGGGUGGAGAAGGAGACGUACUACUAAACCCAUGAUGCCAAGCCGAAGCCUCCGACCGGAAGCCCUGCCCCUCACAACCUGUAGCCAAAUGCGUAGUUGGCAGGAUGCAAUAAAUGUAACUUAACCUCUUCUCA